AUGAUAUGCAUCACAAGCACGCAUUUGGCAAACGCAGAUACUCAACAAUGGUUGACAAUGUUGCCAAAUAACUUGGCGGCAACAUGUUCAAAUGUUAGUGGCAUUGGUUACUCAUUCCAGAUGGGUGCGUGUCAUCAGCUGGCCGACGCAUCGUCCGGCACCUAUCUGCAGGUGACCCAGGACAAGAACAACUACUUCCAAUUCAACUUCUACACCAACGAACAAUGCACUAAUUUCCUGAGUGGUCCACAGACCGUCUCCACCAACUGCUCAUCAUUUAGCAUGCUGGUGGCGGGUCCCAGCCAAUUCGUGUGGAUGCGCGAGCAGUACUACUCAUUCGCGCUGUCUGCCGCGCCACUGGUCGGAGUGCCACAGGACGCUGUGGUGAUGCAGUUCUUCAAUGAUGUGGCAGGCGCCGCGCAAUGCAACACUGGCGCGUCGUACUACCAGUUUGUCAGCAAUGGUGUCGUGUCGACCGAUCUCUACGCACAGUCAAUCAUGCAGUUCCAAUGUGUGGAUGGUAACAAACCAUUGGUCAACCUAUGCAAGGCCAAACAAUGUAUCUAUCCCAUCGACCUAAGUACCAAUUGCAAUCAAUGGCCACAGUCCAACUAUCAAGGUUUCAAGAUAUCAUGCAACACCAGUUCAUAA